CUCUCCAAUUAAGAGCGGGAAAAGACUAUAAAUAAGCAGAUCUGUACAAAAGCAGGGCAUUUCCGCCGUGUUUGAACAUCGGCUUUGAUCUUGGUAUUUGAAUUUGACCUUCCUAACGCAGCAAUGGAUCAAAAUAAGUGCAAAUUGUUUAUACAAUUCACGGCGAUGAUGUGGUGGGCAACUUUAAUGGCUGAAGGAAUCCGUUUCGAUGUGAAGAGCGAUUUGGGAAGCAAGUGUGUGUCCGAGGAGAUUCAGACCAAUGUCAUUGUUCUCGCAGAUUUCUCAGUUGCGAAUCAUGACAAUUCGUCCCAACCACAUAAUAUUUCUAUCAAGGUGUCAUCACCUUACGGGAAUUCAGUAUAUUAUACAGAAAAUGUUGCACUAGGUCAAUUUGGAUUUACAGCAUCUGAAUCUGGCAACUAUGUAGCAUGUUUUUGGAUUCCAAAUUCCCCUUAUGGGGCUGUUGCCACUGUUGAUCUUGACUGGAAAGUUGGAGUUGCUGCUAAGGACUGGGAAAUGAUUGCAAAGAAGGAGAAAAUUGAAGGGGUGGAGCUUGAGUUGAGAAAAAUUGAAGUAGCAAUAGAAAGUAUUCAUGAGAACUUAUUGUACAUGAAAAGCAGGGAAUCAGAAUUGCGAGAGAUAAGUGAGAUCACCAACUCUAGGGUGGCAUGGUUCAGCAUCAUGUCUCUUACUGUCUGCUUAUCAGUGUCUGCAUGGCAACUAUGGCACCUCAAGAGAUUCUUUGAGAAGAAGAAACUUAUUUAAGCAAUUUUAGUGUCUCAUCUAGAGACUCAUAACUUAUUGGGGUGUAAGGGCUGAGUUCAGUGCUAUGAAUGUGCAAAAUAGAAGUUAACUUCUACGACUCAAUUUAUCCUUCACUUAAUCUUUAUCAACCCGACACUUUCUUUGUUGACUUGAAAAUAUUUUUAUUUUAAUGUUUCUGUAUUAUAUGUACAGCAAAGCAUUAUGUCUGAAUCAACUUCAAGUGGAUAGUGCAUUUUCUUCACUGGAUUUUGAUUGAUGUUAAUGUUAAAAAAUCUGAAGGUCAAUAUAUACUAAAACUCCAGAUGUUAGAAAGGAUCGAAUAUAAAUUUCAAUAAAAAACAAUUCCUGUUUCUAGGAAUAGUUUACUAAA